UCGUCAACCCAAACUCACAACAAUGGGUCUUACUCACGAACUGCCACGCACCGGGCUCGCUGCCCUCCUCGCGAGUCUUGAUAUUCCAGGCGAAAUUCAACUUCCGACCGGCACUGUUGUCCGAGUCGGUAGCGACGAGCCAAAGUAUCGAGUGAUUUUUCGAUCUGAAAGUGCACUACGAACACCGAUGACGGAACUAGGUGUUGGCCGUGCUUAUAUUUCGGGUGACAUUGAAGUGGAAGGGGAUCUUGGUGCGCUAUUUGAUGCACGAGAGAAACUGCCCGACAAGGUACCUUUGCGACAGAAGUUCCAAUUUUUGUAUGACUAUUUCAGGACCGCGACGGCCAUGAACUCCAAGGCUAUUUCAGAGCACUAUAGCCGAGGCGACGAUUUCUAUCUUACUUUUAUCGACAAGCGAUAUAGAUUUUACUCCCAGGGACUGUUCAAAGGUCCCGAGGAGAGUAUUGAGGAGGCGUCAGAGCAUAAACUCGAGAGCAUGUUCAAUAAUUUGGAGCUCAAGCCUGGACAGAGGCUGCUUGAUAUUGGUGGCGGCUGGGGAGGGGUCACACAGUACUGUGGUGCUCGCGGUGUACAUGUCACGACGUUGACUUUGACUGUGGACUCGGCUCGCUUUAUCCAAAAUCUGAUCAGCGAGAAGAACCUCCUCGGUGAGGUCUUUUUGCAAGACUUUUUAAACUUCAAGCCCGAGGAGCAAUUCGACCAUGUUGUCAUCUACGGUGUUAUCGAGCAUCUUCCAGACUAUCGAGAGUUUGCACGCAGGAUCUGGGAUGUACUCAAACCCGGAGGUCGCAUUUAUCUCGAUGGAUCGGCAGCUGUCACCAAGUUUGCUGUCAGUUCGUGGACGAGAGACUAUAUCUGGAGGGGCACGCACACUUUCAUGACUGUGCAGGACGUCAUGGCUGAAUUCUUGUAUCACGGCUUUGAGGUCAUCGAGGUGGUUCGCGAGACCAAGGACUAUGAGCUUACCAUGUUGGAAUGGGCCAAGAGACUCGAUUCAGCCAAGGAGGAAGUCAUUGCAGGCUGGGGAGAGGAAACGUAUCGUGUAUUCCGACUAUUUCUGUGGGGUGGGACUCAUGCGUUCAAGACGAAUACCUUGCAGGCGUACCAUUUGGUCGCGGAAAAGACCAACUCACCAGGACCCCGUCCAUCAACAUAUCGUCGACUGGUUCAGUUCCUGGGGACCCUCCGUUGAGCUGCCAAUUCAAUGCAGAGCAAAUCGACAUUAUCGGUAUACUACUUGAGUCAUUCAACGUACUGCCUAAACCAAUACUCAUGGAUAUACUUCAUUCAAGAGCCAACUACAUAAAUGUACAUCAAAC